AUGGCUUCCAGAUCAGAGGAGGAUCUGUGCUGUCCGAUCUGUCACGACAUCUUCAGAGAUCCCGUGCUUCUGUCGUGCAGCCACAGCUUCUGUAAAGACUGUCUGAGGAGAUGGUGGAGAGAGAAGCCAACACACGAGUGUCCAAUGUGUCAGAAAAGAUCUUCAAGGGUGGAUCCACCGGUUAGUCUGGUGCUGAAGAACCUGUGUGAGUCGUUUGUAGAGAGGAGAGAUCAGAGAGCUUCAGAGGAUCUCUGCAGUCUGCACUCUGAGAAACUCAGACUGGACAACGAGCAGACGAAGCACAGCGACCACACGUUCAAGCCCAUCGAUAAAGCUGCACAACAACACAAGAAUGAGCUUCAGGAAACUGUGGAAGCUUUAAAGCAGAAGUUAAAGGUCUGUGAAGAAGUCCAAGUGAAGUUUGAUCAAACAGCAGAACACAUUAAGGCCCAGGCCCGACGCACAGAGAGGAAGAUUAGGGAGCAGUUUAAGAAGCUUCACCAGUUUCUAGCAGAGGAAGAGGAGGCCAGGCUGACCGUGCUGUGGGAGGAAGAGGAGCAGAAGAGCUGGAUGAUGAAGGAGAAGAUGGAGGUUCUGAGCAGAGAGAUAGCAGCUCUUUCAGACACAAUCAGAGCCACAGAGGAGGAGCUGAGAGCUGAAGACGUCUCAUUCCUGCACAACUACAAGGCUGUGGUGGAAAGAGCCCAGCGCUGCCCCCUGCUGGAUGAUCCACAGCUGCCCUCGGGAGCUCUGAUAGACCAGGCCAAACACCUGGAACUGACCCUGUCUGAGGAUCUGAGCAGCGUGAGGGUGGGUGGGCUGCAGCAGCUCCCCGAUAAUCCAGAGAGGUUUGAUCAUCUCUGCUUCGUCCUGAGCUCUCAGGGCUUUACCUCAGGGGCCCACAGCUGGGUCGUUGAGGUUGGAGACUGCGGACACUGGGGACUGGGCGUGUUAGCGGAGUCCGUCCGGAGGAAGGGACCCAUACGCUCUGGAUUUGGUGGAAUAGGAUUCAAUCAAGGUGAAUACUCAGCUCGCUCAGGAUCUGCUCCCCCCACCGUCCUCCAGCUGCAGAAGAAGCUCCAGAGGAUCCGAGCGAGUCUGGACUGGGACGGAGGACAGCUGUCGUUCUCUGACGCUGACACUGACACACACAUACACACCUUCACACACACUUUCACUGAGAGGAUGUUUCCCUUCAUCAGCAUCGGGGAUAAACUCCCAGUGAAGACUCUGCCCGUGAAGCUGUCGGUGGAUCGGAGAUAUUAA